GGGUUUAAGUGCAUUGAUGAAUCCCCUUGUGUCUCACCAUGGCAAUUCUCUUCCUCCCUCUCUUCUUCUUCGUCUUUUUCAACUCCAUUCUCUACUCUCACUCUUCCAACAACAACAUCAUCAUUCUUCAACCAACUCACCGACACCACCACACUUCUUCUUCUUCUUCUUGUCCAGCUCCUAACCCCAACCUCUACUACCAAUCUGUCAUCGGAAUCGUCACCCACCCCGGUGACGGUGCUUCCGGCCGCCUCUCCAACUCCUCCGCCGUCUCCAACAUCCCCGCAUCCUACGUCAAAUUCGUCGAAGCUGGUGGAGCCAGAGUUAUUCCCCUUGUCUACAACGAGUCUCCCCAAAAACUUCUCAAGAAGCUGGAUUUGGUAAACGGGGUGCUCUUCACAGGUGGAUGGGCCAAGGAUGGUCAAUACUUUGAAACUGUUAGGAGAAUCUUUAAGAAAGUGUUGGAGAGAAAUGAUGGUGGAGAACAUUUCCCAUUAUAUGCCAUCUGCUUAGGUUUUGAACUCAUAACAAUGAUUGUAAGCGGGGACAAUAAUAUUCUUGAAGAAUUUAGUGCGUCAGAUCAGGCAAGUGCUCUUCAUUUUGUGGAGAAUGCAGAUAUCGAGGGAAGUUUAUUUCAAAGUUUUCCUCCAGACUUGUUGAAGAAGUUGAGUACAGAUUGUAUUGUUAUGCAAAAUCAUCACUUUGGUAUAUCCCCAGAAAAGCUUUUGAACAACAAGAAGUUGUCCAGUUUUUUUGAUGUCUUGACAACAUGUAAGGAUGAAGAUGAUAAGGUAUAUGUUUCCACAAUGCAAUCUCGCAACUAUCCUGUCACUGCCUUUCAAUGGCAUCCAGAGAAAAAUGCCUUUGAAUGGGGCUCAGCAAAUAUCCCACACACAGAGGAUGCCAUUCGGGUAACUCAUUCUACAGCAAGCUUCUUGGUCAGUGAAGCUAGGAAAUCCUCAAAAAGACCAGAUGCUCAAGAAGUGAGAGACAAUCUUAUUUACAAUUACAGUCCUACUUAUGUUGGAAAAGCUGGAAAAGGAUAUGAUGAAGUUUAUCUCUUCAGAUAGUAAAAAUGGAGUCAAUGGAUGCUAUUUUGGGCACUGUAUUAUCAUCACUGUAUGUUUCAGAAAUAAUAUUUUUGUGCACAAAGGAGGAGAAACUACUCGGCUAUCCUUAUUAGCAUGUUGUAUUACAUAACAAUAUCUUUUAAUAAUGAUACCCCCAACCUUUGAAUUCUUACGUUAGAUAA